UCUCUAUCUCUAGCGCAUACACACAUUUUACACACACUUGACUCUGCCAAACAGGGCCCAACACCACCGUCCCCUAUCCCUUUUCUCUCUAACUCUUUCCCUUUCCGUCUCAGAAAUUUCCACGUACUCGAACAACUUCCUUCGCAUGGUCAAUGAUCACUUUUCCGAUCACUUCCUCCCGCCGGCCAAUUCACCAAACUAGGUUUUCGCAACUUUCUAUCUCGGAGGUCAAUUUCUCAUGGACGAUGAUAAUUCCAGCCCGCAGAUGUGCCGCCCUUGUGUAGAAGAACCUCAGAGUCAAAGGUUGCUCGAGGACGCCGCAUCGUCAGUAGAAAACUGCACAUCUAUUCAGGAUAUGGAAGGCAAGCAGCUGGUCGGAGUUCCGGGAACGAUGUCCGCGGUUGCUACUGGAAAUUCUAAUUCUCCGGCGACGUUGAAGACGCCGAUAGAGAACGGGAUCGGCUUUGCUGAGAAGACGAAGCGAGGACGGCCGCCACGUGGAGUAGUAGUUAAAGCUCCGCAACCGAAGAGACAACGAGAGGAGGAGGAAGGGGAAGAUGUCUGCUUUAUUUGUUUCGAUGGUGGUUCUCUCGUCCUAUGCGAUCGCAAGGGAUGUCCGAAGGCAUACCAUCCAGCUUGUAUUAAGCGGGAUGAGGCAUUUUUCCGCUCCAAAGCUAAAUGGAACUGUGGUUGGCAUGUUUGUAGUGUAUGUCAAAAGGCUUCCCACUAUAUGUGCUAUACUUGUACAUAUUCGGUGUGCAAAGGAUGUACAAAAGAUGCUGAUUUCUUCUGUGUUCGAAGAAGCAAAGGCUUUUGCUCAACAUGCAUGAGAAUUAUCAUGCUGAUUGAGAAUAUAGACCAAGGGAUCAAGGAGAUGGUUCAAGUAGAUUUUGAUGACAAAAGUAGCUGGGAGUAUCUCUUCAAGGUAUAUUGGAUGUACUUAAAAGAAAAAUUAUCAUUAACACAAAGUGAACUUAUUCAAGCUAAAAAACCCUGGAAAGGAUCAGAUACAGUACACGUUAAGCAACAGCGACUACCUUUUUGUCAUCCUGUUGCAUUUGAUGGCAAAGGUAUUGUGGGCAAGUCUUUUGACCAUCUGGAGCUGAAAAAACCCGUACAAUUGCUGGAGCCACCUUGCCAGGAUCCUCCAAUCACUGAAGUCCAAACAAUUGCUGAGGCUGAAAAUUUAAGUGGUCCUGGUUGUACUCCACAGUUGGAAAAAACACAGCACAUAGAACUAGAGUUACGGAGGAAUGAUUCUUUAAAGAAAGAAAAAGCAAGUGCUUCCACGGGGACAUCAUUGAAUGGACGCAUGGAAUGGGCAUCCAAAGAGCUUUUGGAGUUUGUUGCACACAUGAAGAAUGGUGAUACUUCUGCUCUAUCACAUUUUGAGGUGCAGGCACUAUUACUAGAGUACAUAAAGAGAAAUAAACUUCGAGAUCCUCAUCAGAAAAGUCAAAUAAUUUGUGAUUCGAGGCUCAGAAGUCUUUUUGGAAAACAUCGUGCUGGACACAUAGAAAUGCUAAAGCUUCUUGAAUUUCACUUUCUGAUAAAGGAGGAUUCGCAGGGGAGUGCAUUUAUACCAGCUGGAAUUGUUGGAAAUGUUACUAGUCGUGUGGAGGCUGAUGAUAAUAAUGAUAUCUCAUUCUCGAUGAAUAAAACUAAGAAACGUAAAUCGCGUAGACACACCGAAGAAAGUUCAGUGCAGAUAAAUCUAGAUGAGUAUGCAGCAAUUGAUGCUCAUAACAUCAAUCUCAUAUAUUUGCGCCGUGAUUUGAUGGAGAGUCUUAUUGAAGAUAUGGAAAAGUUUCAAGGCAGAGUUAUUGGCUCGGUUGUCCGUAUAAGAAUAUCUGGUAACAAUCAGAAGCAAGAUAUGUACAGGCUUGUCCAUGUCGUAGGUACAAGCAAGGCAUUUGUUCCAUAUAAGAUUGGGGACAAGACUGCUGAUGUACUGCUGGAAGUCUUAAACUUAAACAAGAAAGAGAUUGUUCCUAUUGAUUCUAUUUCAAAUCAAGAUUUCUCUGAGGAUGAAUGCAGAAGAUUACGUCAGAUUAUAAAAUGUGGGCUUGUAAAGCGGCUGACCAUAGGCGAGAUACGGAAGAAAGCAAUGGAACUCCGUGCAGUAAAACUCAACGAUACUUUGGAAGAAGAGAUACUGCGACUCAACAAUCUUCGUGAUAGAGCAAGUGAGAAAGGGCGUAAGAAAGAGCUAAGAGAAUGUGUAGAGAAACUAGAGCUUCUGAAGACGCCUGAGGAACAUCAGCGGAGGCUACUUGCAACUCCAGAAGUGCACGCUGAUCCAAAGAUGGAUCCUAAUUAUGAAACUGAAGAAGAUGCUAGAGAAUCUGACGACAAAAGACAAGUUGAAUAUGGGGGGCCAAGAUUCACUAGAUUUUGUAGAAGGGAAGACAAGCCUAUGUCUUCAUGGAGGAAAGAUAAAGAGGGAUCUAUCAUGUCUCGAUGUAAAGUUAGUGAAAAAAGAGAGGCUCAUGGAAAUAUCAUGAAGAAACUAGGGAAUCAAGGUACUGCACGUCAGGUUGUGGAUAGGUGUGCAUCUGAAACUUCAAUUACAAGCUUUUCUACAGUGAACUCAACAUUCACCAACUUUAGUGACACUGACAAGCUUUGGCAUUACCGUGACCCUAGUGGUAGAAUACAAGGACCGUUUUCAGUGACGCAGUUGAGGAAAUGGAAUAAAUCAGGGCUUUUCCCCCUUGAUAUGAGGAUAUGGAUAAAAGGUGAGCGUGAUGACUCAGUACUUUUAACUAAUGCACUAAAAGGGCUGUUCGGUAUAGCCCCUCAGGUUCAUGGUGAGAUUUCACACCAGUCUCAGGAGCUUGGUGCUACUUCUGUUAACAGUAGUAUUGGGUGGUGUAAAAGCGCAACUGGAAUAGGGAGAGAAUGUGGAGAGAAGGAGGUACCUUGGCACCUCCGUAUUACAAAUAAUCAUUCUAAUGGUUACACUGAGACGGCGAGGAUGGAUGGGCUGUCAUCAUCUUUGCCACAAUGUUUGGACUUGAAUAAUUCUUAUUCCAACAAACCCCAUCCAUCCAGCCCAGAACCAUCAUCCAGUCAUGGGAACGUGUAUGGAGCUCCUUCCAAUGAGAAAAGAUGCCAUGAAAUUGUUGAUGUUCAGUCCAGUACAGGUCAUAUGAUUCAAGACUCAAGUAGAAGCGAUUGCAACCAUAGUAUGCAAUCUCACAGUCAGAGGCAUUCAGGGCAGUCUUGUGGACAGAACUGGGAACCUUCAAACAAUAAUAGAAGUUCAGUUAACAUCAAUUCUGGAUCUAGUUUUGCUUCAGUUGCCAAGUCAAGUGAUCCAUCUCAACAGAAAGGUAUCACGAGUUAUCCAGAUCUGCCCAGUCCAACCCCCAAAACAAGCUAUGACGAUGUUGAUGCUCAGGCUGCUGAAGAGCUACUUUCUUUGAGUUUGGUUGUUCCAGUUAGUGCUUCAAAUAUCCAAGAUUUGCCAAGUUCUACACCAGAAUUGGAAGAAGAAGCUCCAGUUGGGCAGGCUGCAGCAAACAAAGAUUCUUUAACUUCUAGUUUUCCUGUUCAGGAUUCAGGUCCUAGUUGGAGCAGUGCUUCUAGUCUGGUGAUCGAUGGGGCCCAACUUCCUGAAAUAGCUAAUGGAUUGGGUGGACCAGCUGUGAAACCAUCUAUAGGCUCUGAUCUUAUCUCUGAUUCUGCACUGAAACCUGCUGAAGCAGUAGGUGAUCAUGUUGACACACCUACAUCAGAUGUCAACCUACUGAAACCAGCUGAAGAAGUGGGUGAUCAUGUUGACACACCUACGUCAGAUGUCAACCAACUGAAACCAGCUGAAGCAGUGUGUGAUCAUGUCGACACACCUACGUCAGAUGUCAACCAACCGAAACCAGCUGAAGCAGUGGGUGAUCAUACUGACACACCUACAUCAGAUGUCAACCAACUGAAACCAGCUGUCGCAAUGGGUGAUCAUGUUGACACACCUACAUCAGAUGUCAACCAACUGAAACAAGCUGAAGCAGUGGGUGAUCAUGUCGACACACCUACAUCAGAUGCCAACCAACACCCUGAUAAUUCUUCAUCUAAUCCAAUCUCAAACUUCUCCGAUUGGCGAGCAAUCUUUGGUGAACCAAUAGAGUUCAGCACUUUGGAUGAGGAAUCCGUGUCAGACCUAUUAGCUGAAGUUGAUGCAAUGGAAUCUCAAACUCAAAGUGGUAUGGGUUCACCAACCUCCGCCAUGGCGUUCUGUGAGGAGACAAUAGCUGGAUGUAGAGGGGACUUUUUCAGCUUUUUGGAGGAGCUUAGUCCAACGCCUGACCCUGCAAAAAAUGAUGCCUUGAGCUCCACUGAAGAUAUACAAUUACCUUGUCAAUCCUCUCUGACAAACGAACUAGCGAGGACAUUACAUGCUGAAGCUUUUGAUCCUUUUAAGAGGUCUAGCAGGACUUCGUCUACUAGCAGUGAGGGAGAAACAAAGUCAGCUGAUAUUUCCUUUUCCCAGGGGGACACUGGGUUCAAUAUACCUACACCCUGCACCACGGGGAAAACUGCAGUUUCAGUCAUCAGCCAGAGUACUGAACUGGAAGCUAUAACCACCGACUGUUGUGCAGCACCUGGAAACAUGACAUACUGUGGACCAGUUCAGGGAUUCACAAAUGUUAAUCAAGGUAGCAGCAUGGGGACUGCAUGCGGUUAUUCAAACACGAAUGAUUCCCCUUUCACCGGGAAUACAUUGUCUGAAAGCCAGUGUAUAUACUCGGGGGAGAGGUCUGGUGGUCCAAGAGACUGGGUUAUUCCAGUAGGGGAUUUGGGAUUUGAAAGGGAUAGGUAAUUGUGGUGCAGACAGUCGUUUGGUGGCAAGGGAUACUCUUAACCUCCCCAAAAAUGACAAAUGUGUUGGCAAAUUUUAUGAGAGCGGACUUUGCAAGAAGGGGGAAUCAUGCGACUAUUUGCACCUUUGAGAAGGUAUGAACUUAAAGGUGAAAUCAAACAAUCAUUUUUUAGUAGGAUGAUCAAGAUGUAGCUAAAAUAUUAGUAUGAUUUUUUAGCUGAUCAAAUUUCAGUUAAAAAAGGCAGGAUACGAAAAGAACCCCACUGAGUUCCAUAAUGUUAACCAGGUAGAAACUAGUACACACUAAAGCAGACAAAAAUAGUUGUAUCAUUCUUGUAUUUGAUCCUGCAAUUGUUGCUCUAUGUACAAACUACAGCAGUGAAUUGAUGAAUUUGUAUGUAUACAUCAGAGAUUUUCUCUUUCGAGAUUGAUUAGUUUUCACUUUCAAUCUUGUUGGCAAUUCUAAGGAACUAGUUCAAGA